AUGGACCGGCCGGUGGCGGCGGCGGCGGCCGGCAGCGAGGGCGGCGGGGGCCCGGGUCCCGGCCCAGCGGGCGGCAGGAGGCCCCCUCAGGGCGCUGGGGACCCUGCCGCUGGCUCCUGGCAGCCCAGCGUGGAGACUCUGGACAGUCCUACAGGAUCACAUGUUGAAUGGUGUAAACAGCUUAUAGCUGCUACAAUUUCUAGUCAGAUUUCAGGUUCAGUGACAUCCGAAAAUGUAUCCAGAGACUACAAGGCUCUAAGAGACGGAAAUAAGCUGGCACAGAUGGAAGAAACGCCACUCUUUCCAGGAGAAUCCAUCAAGGCCACUGUGAAAGCCGUCAUGUACAUCUGCCCAUUUAUGGGAGCAGUGAGUGGAAGCCUGUCGGUGACUGACUUUAAGGUGUACUUCAAGAAUGUAGAAAGGGACCCGAAGUUUGUCCUCGAUGUUCCCCUUGGUGUGAUUAGCAGAGUUGAGAAGAUUGGAGCGCAGAGCCAUGGGGACAAUUCCCGUGGCAUAGAGAUUGUGUGCAAGGAUAUGAGGAACUUGCGACUUGCUUAUAGGCAGGAAGAACAGAGUAAACUUGGGAUAUUUGAAAACCUCAACAAACUUGCAUUUCCUCUUUCCAAUGGGCAGACACUCUUUGCAUUCAACGACAAAGAAAAAUUUCCAACGAAUGGGUGGAAAGUUUAUGAUCCUGUAUCUGAAUAUAAGAGACAGGGCUUGCCAAAUGAGAGCUGGAAAAUAUCCAAAGUGAACAGUAACUAUGAGCUCUGUGACACCUACCCUGCUGUCAUUGUCGUGCCAACUAGUGUGAAAGAUGCUGACCUUUCAAAAGUGGCAGCCUUUCGAGCAAAAGGCAGAGUCCCGGUGUUAUCGUGGAUUCAUCCAGAAAGUCAGGCAACAAUUACCCGUUGCAGCCAGCCACUUGUGGGUCCCAGUGAUAAACGCUGCAAAGAAGAUGAAAAAUACUUGCAAACGAUAAUGGAUGCUAACGCACAGUCUCACAAACUUACCAUCUUCGAUGCCCGACAAAACAGUGUCGCUGAUCAAAAGGCCAAGGGUGGGGGGUACGAGAGGGAAAGUGCUUACCCCAACGUGGAGCUCGUGUUCUUGGAGAUCCACAACAUCCACGUGAUGAGAGAGUCCCUGCGUAAAUUGAAAGAGAUCAUGUACCCUUCGAUAGAUGAGGCGCGGUGGCUCUCCAACGUGGAUGGGACGCACUGGCUGGAGUAUAUAAGGGUAAAGGGGGCUGGUCCUUGA